AUGGGGCAUUUAGUUGGUGAUGUGUGGAAACCACCUCCAAAUUUGGUCUUCAAAUUAAACUUUGAUGUAGCGGUGUUUGUGGAAGCUAAAAGGGCUGGGUUUGGUGCUAUUAUACGGAAUAAUAAGGGCGAGGUUAUGGCAACGAUGCCAACAGGUGGACCACCAGUGAGUAGCAACGAAGAAGCAAAGCUGUUAGCAUGCAAAAAGGCAGUGGAGUUCGCCAUUGAUGCUAGCUUUUCAGAGCUUGUGAUCAAAGGAGAUAAUAGUAAUGUCAUGAAAGCUUUAUCUUCUUCUUUGGCUGAUUGGUCUCUGUUAGGCAAUGUGGUGGAUGAUGUGCGCCACUUGGUUUUUAGGAUGCAUUGGGUAAAUUUCAGUUGUAUUAGGAGAGGGGGUAACUGGGUAGCUCAUGCUCUUGCGCAGUAUGCUAGGAAUAUUUAUGAGGAUGUGUUUUGGAUGGAGGAUUCACCCCUACCAACUUUGAAUGCCUUGUGCCAUGAUUCUCUUUUGCUAUAA